AUGGGAAAAAGCAUGGACUUAAUAGAUGUUAUACAGAGAAGACAGAUUAACGUCGUAUGUAUUCAAGAGACAAGAUGGAAAGGUAACAAAGCAAAGGGGUUAGAUGACUCCAAACUAUGGUACCUGGGUGAUGAAAGCGGAAGAGGUGGAGGGGGCAUAGUAGUGGAUAGAGACCUUAAAAAUGAAGUGGUGGAUGUUAAAAGAUUUGGAAGCAGGAUCAUCGCUAUUAAACUUGUGCUAGACGGUGAGACAAUCAAUAUAGCUAGUGCUUAUGCGCCCCAAGCAGGACUAGAUGAGAGUGUUAAACUACUAUUUUGGGAACACAUGGAUGACUUGGUGCAAGGUCUUGGACAGGGAGAGAAAAUUAUUAUCGAAGGAGACCUUAAUGGGCAUGUGGGCAAGGAUUGUAGAGGCUAUGAAGAUGUACAUGGUGGAUUUGGAGUUGAAGAGAGGAAUGCAGAGGAGAUCUUAAUGUUGGACUUUGCGACAUCGUAUGACUUUUGCAUUGCAAAAACCUUUUUUGAGAAAAGGGAGGAACAUUUGAUUACCUACAAAAGUGGACAGCACACAAGUCAAAUUGAUUUCUUCUUCAUGAGAAGAUCUGACAGAAUGUUAUGUAAAGACUAUAAGGUUAUACCUAGAGAGAGCCCAACUUCUCAACAUCAACUGGUGAUCUUGGAUGUAUACCUAAGAAAGCGAAAAUGCAAGAAGAUACAACAGAUCUUUCCUAAGAUAAAAUGGGGGCGACUACAAGGAGCGCUAUUAAAAUCUUUUACUGAUAAAGAUGAUGACCUAUAUCAAGAAUGUGGAUAA